CUCCACAGCGAUGUGCGCUUAGUAUCAGCAUGCCUCGAGCCGGUCUGCAGGCUCACCAUAUAAUGCAUUGGAUCCGCCCGGAGAAAUGUAUGAACCGUGCUCUUGGAACGUUUGCUGUUGAACAACACGGUUGCACGAAAUUGAAGAAUUGUCCAUCAAAUCAUCCUUUGAGGUUCCUCUUAUAGUGAACAUGGCGUCAACGGAAACGUCAAACGGGGCCAGCUCCUCCGAUGGAUCCACUUCAAGUGCUCCUCAGGUGCAAACGAAGAUCAACCUGUCGGGCAAGGUGAUAGCGAUCACGGGCGCAAAUCGUGGCAUCGGUUUGGGAAUUGCAGAAUGCUGUCUCGACAAUGAUGCAGCCAAGGUGUACUCGAUUGACUUGCUGGAACCGGGCGAGGAGUUCGAAGCCGUUUCGAAGCGGUAUCCCGGCCGUUUUUUUGCAAUUCAAGCAGACGCCACGAAGGAGGAGAGCAUCACCAAGGCUGUUGAUCAGGUCGUUUCGGAAGCAGGCGCGAUCCAUGGGAUGGUUUGCAACGCUGGCCGGACGAAACACAAGGCUGCUCUGGACUUUACAACUGAGGAGAUUGAGCAGUUGUUCGCCAUCAAUCUGUUUGGAGCCUUUUACACGGCCAGGGCAGCUGCCCGGGCCUUUAUCAAGCUAGGGGUGAAAGGAUCUAUUGUCUUCACAGCAUCUAUGGCUUCACACAGGCCGAACAAGCGUGUCCCAAGUGCUCCGUAUGGUGCUACAAAGGCAGGCGUGCGAAAUAUGACCAAGACACUGGCGAUGGAAUGGGCCCAGUACGGCAUUCGAGUUAAUAGUGUUUCGCCUGGCCUAGUGAAGACCGCCAUGACCUACUGGGUGCCACAACAACCAGAUUGGGAGCAGCAGCUGAAAUACUACGGCGGUAUCCCCAGAUUGGCAGAAGUACAGGAGAUCGGUACGGCAUAUGUCUAUCUGCUGAGCGACGCGGCAAGCUACACAACGAGCAUCGACAUGCAAGUGAAUGGGUGUAUCGGCAUUUGUUGAGCGUGUGAAUAGCGUACACGCGUGAGAUGUCCUCGUCGAGGCAGACCUCUCUCAGUAGAAGAGGAAAAGUGAUGUAGACGACUGUUAGAAUAGUUUCCCAAGUUCGCCGCAAGGCGAACAGGCUACAUGAAUUAGCAAUGAAAAAUGAC